AUGGCGGUAUUCAGCCGACAGAAGUUUUUCCAGGAGCUGGCUCAUGGCUGCCUACUGCCUACAGCCCAGCAGGGCCUGGAGCAGGUCUGGCAGCUGCUGGUUAUCUGCCUGCUGUGUCGACUGCUCUGGAUGUUGGGCCUUCCAUCAUUUGUGAAACACCUGAGCACGGUGGCUGGAGGUUUCUACGCUCUCUACUUGUUCUUUGAGCUUCACAUGGUCUGGGUUGUUCUUCUCAGCCUUCUCUGCUACCUUUUCCUCUUUUUGUGUCGCCACUCUACCAUCCGAGGCACCUUUCUCUCUAUAACUGUGCUCAUCUACCUGCUCCUGGGGGAGUUGCAUAUGAUGGAUACCACCAACUGGCACAAGAUGAGAGGUUCACAAAUGGUUGUUGCCAUGAAAGCCAUCUCUUUGGCAUUUGAUCUGGACAGGGGUGUUGUAGCCAGUGUCCCCUCACCCAUGGAGUUCAUGGGGUAUAUUUACUUUGUGGGCACAGUCAUCUUUGGGCCCUGGAUCAGCUUCAACAGCUACAAAGAAGCUUUAGAAGGGCGUAAGCUGAGCUUAGUGUGGCUUUUCAAAGUGUCUGUUAGCUGGGUGAAGAGCCAGAUCUGCCUUGUAAUUUCCAACUGCGUGACACCCUACCUCUUCCCUUAUUUCAUACCCGUUUUCGGAGACAAGCUACUACGAGGCAAAAAGAGGAGGAAAAUCAAAGGAACACAGGCAAAGUGGUUGGUGGCGUAUGAGAACUCAACGUCUUUUCACUUCAGUAAUUACUUUGUUGGCUACUUGAGCGAGACGACCGCCACGCUCGCUGGGUCAGGCUUCACAGAGGAGAAAGAAAACUUGAAAUGGGAUAUGAGUGUGACAAAGCCACUCAGUAUAGAGUUUCCCCGGUCGAUGGUGGAGGUGGUAACGUCAUGGAAUCUGCCCAUGUCUCGCUUUCUGCACACCUAUGUGUUUAAGAGCGCACUCAAAUUCGGGACUUUCACUGCUGUCAUGGUGACCUACACAGCCAGCGCCCUCCUGCAUGGUUUGAGUUUUCACCUGGGUGCAGUGCUGAUGUCUCUGGCGUUCAUUACAUACAUCGAGCACGUUUUACGGAGGAGGCUUGCAGUCAUUUUUAACGCCUGCAUACUGUCGAGGAAAUGUCCUCCAAACUGCAGUCACCAAAACAAAAAGAAACUGUGGGUAUGUUUGAUUAACGUGGCAUUCAGUGCUUUGGCAAUACUUCACCUGACGUACCUGGGCUCUGUGUUCAACUCCAACGUGGACUAUAUUGAGGAGGAUGAGGAUGAUAUCACCCAUCAUGUCAUUCAGAAGUGGUCAGAACUGAGCUGGACAAGCCACUGGCUCACGUUUGGCUGCUGGGUCUUGUAUCGCCUCGUUCUCUAAUGAAGACAGAAGCGGAGGAGAAGCGAGCAAUAACAAGAAGCAGGUUUUCCACUUCUGCACUGUGACUUUAUCCUGCAUUU